UUUUCCAAAUACUGAAUGUAUCAAGUUAAUUUUCGUAUUUGAUAUUAAGUUCAAGCAAGAAUUGAUAAACGCGUAGGGCAACAAUUUGAAAAUGGAUAAUACUAUUGAUGAAUCCAACGAUAAUCAGCAGCAAGCCGAAAGAAUAUCCUUCAAAUCAAAAUUAGCCUAUGGAGUAGGACAUAUUUUAAAUGAUAUUUGUGCUUCCAUGUGGUUUACCUAUCUUUUGGUUUAUUUUCAUCUUGUACUUGGAUUUAGCUCUACGUCUGCAGGUAUAAUUCUGUUAAUCGGACAAUUAGCUGAUGCAAUUGCUACGCCGUUCGUUGGCUUACAUUCCGAUAAAAAUGACAAUUAUUGGCUGUGCCGAUAUGGUAAAAGAAAGACUUGGCAUUUAACUGGCACAAUCUGCGUACUUGGCACAUUUCCAUUUAUAUUUUCUCAAUGUAUCGGAUGCCAGUUGGCUCAUCAAUGGGCUCAACUUAUCUACUAUGCUGCCUUUGUUGUUAUAUUUCAAUUUGGCUGGGCUUCCGUUCAAAUAUCGCACUUGUCCCUAAUUCCAGAUCUUACACAAUCCGAUGAAGAGCGCACAACUCUUACAGUGAUUCGAUACAGUUUCACCGUAGCCUCCAAUGUGUUGGUCUACUGUGUAACAUGGGCUGUGCUCGAUAUCACCAGUGAAAAUUCAUCCGAUAAAAUUGGACCAAACGAUAUGCAUAAGUUUCAACAAAUAGUUUUAAUUGGAAUGCUCGUUGGUCUUAUAACGACAAUUAUUUUUCAUGUAUUAGUGAAAGAAGAUAAUACAAGAGAUAAUUUACUAGGUACAUCACAAGAGCAAUCACAGCGAGAACUCAGAUCACCGCUUUCGUUGUUUAAAGAUCUAGAGUUAUACCAAGUGGCAUUUAUCUACAUGCCUACUCGACUGUUUGUAAAUUUAACCCAAACCUAUGUUCCCUUAUAUUUACACGAAACUUUAAACAUGCCGGCCACAUCACUUGCCAUUAUACCAUUAAUUUUAUAUCUAAGUAGCUUUAAAGCUUCGUUAAUUAUUCAUUAUCUCAAUUCAAAAUUAGGAAGAAAAGUAUCAUAUUUAAUUGGAGCGUCAAUGGGAAUUAGUGCUUGUAUAUGGAUUUGGUUUGGUAAAGGUGACCAAUACAUUCAUCUCUUUAUAUAUCCAGUUUCGUUACUUUUAGGCUCUGGGGGUUCGAUGAUGCUUGUAACUAGUCUUGCCAUAACAGCGGAUUACAUUGGGCAUAGCACGGAGAAUGGAGCCUUCAUUUAUGGUAUAAUGAGUUUUGCGGAUAAACUUUCGAAUGGAUGUGCUGUUAUGUUAAUUCAAUACAUGCGAUGUACAACUGAUUGCACUGACUAUUUUAAAGGAGUUUUAUCGUUUGUAUGCGGCGGAUCGGCACUUCUAGGUCUCAUUAUGACCCUUUCCAGAAAGGGCUGCAGUAAUGUUACCAAUACAAUAACAAAUUAUAACAACCUAACAUCCGAGGAUGCUGAAGAGAAUCGGACGUCCGACAACGCUUAAUGCACAAUACUUAAAGCAAAGUAUUAUCUAAGGGAUAAGGGAUUGUUUACUUGUAUUAUGAAAUUCGUCAAAUAUCAUUUCGCUGUUUUUUAAUUGUAAUUAAGAUAUUUUUAUAUUUCAAAACUAUGCGAUGUAAAAUCUAUAUGUUGAUGUUAAGAGAUUUGUAAAUAGUUGAACCGACGUGUGCAAUUAUACAUACGUACAUAAUAAUUUGUUUACUCGAAGACGUACGGAAAGAGAAAAAUAUUAUGCUCAAAUAAGGAAUUGUUAAGAAACUCGAUAAUCACAAUCAACAAUACCUAUAGUAUGUGGUUCCUGUGUGCGUAUGAGCGAUAUAAACAGAAACCUGCGCGCUCAUU